CCCAAGGUUCCCAAGCCCUCGACAGUCAACAGACCCCCGUCCGACCCUUUACCGCCGUCCGUCCCCCUCUCUUAGAGAGGAACAGAACCCGCAAACCGAUCGACGCCCAAGGCCCAACAACAACCAUUCACAGAGAGAGGGAUCCCAGCCAUUGCAAGUCACCUCCGCCAUCUGGUUCCGAGUACCGCAGAUCGCGACAAAGUUGGCCGUCUGUGAACGUCAACAUCGAAGCAAACCCACUCGGCCAAGCCAUGCAUUUGCGACGACGCUCUCUCGAUGCCUGACUCUUGCAGUGCGAUUUGUCGACUCGACUGCAAGAGACGUGCCAGUGGGCACUGUAUGCUGUGCGCUGCAUGUACUGUACUCUGUACAGAUACAGACACCACCAAAACUGCCAUUACGGCGUCGACGGCCGCCGUCGAUGCAACCGUCUUCGCAAUCCCGUAUUACUCCCACAGCAUUCCCACCCUCUCAGUCACCUAUUCUCUGGGUCUCUCGUCUCUUUUCUCUCCCUGCUGCUCAGAUUCCGAUUGCCAUACGACCCCCACAUACAAGGAGCAGUAGGGAAGCAGUAUUCGGCGCGAGGCGACGAUGACCUGACCAAAAACCUUGCGACUUCGUCUCUCUCCUACCCCCGGGACCCCCUCUCCCCUCCCCUUUCACAGCUUACACUACUUCUUCCCUCAUCUCCCGCAUUGCUGCUUCACCGGCUCUGUCUGUCCCUGGCGCUCUUGAGACCGGUAGGACCCUACUUGCUUCCGGAAACACAACCACCAACACCCCUACAUUCCAUAAUAGUCCACGCCCCCCCACCAUUACCGCCUUGCCGCCUCUGCAACCACCUGACUCUUUUCUCCCGCCAUCCUCGUCUCCUCUCCGCCACUGCCCGCUCACCACCUCUGAGAGCCUUGACCCUGUUUACACUAAGUGGUGGCAAGACCCCGUUUCUCAGCCUGCAACCUGGUGACGGAUUUUUUUUAUCACACAUACACACACACACAACCACACAACCACACAACCACACACUCUCACUCAAUACUCAAACGCGUCUUCGCACCACAACCACGAACCGAUUGAAGAUUGCAAUAAUUCUACGGAAAACGACUACAAGACUCGUCCACCCUUUCUAUCAACAGUACGACGUUCGACGCUCCAUACUCGCUAUCCGACGUUCCACUUCACUUCAAACCCCACUCGCUCGGCCAUCGAAUCUCCCAACGCCCCUAAACAUGGACAACGAGCAUCAGGCGCAGCACGCCGAACAGUCGCACCUCCCGCCCCACAUCGAACGCUCUCAGUCCAGUUCAUCUUCCUCUUCGGUUGACCACGAACAUGACGAGCACCAGAUCCACCAGCCGACACCUAUCCGCCCUCGUCUGCCCAGCCGCAAGAGCAGCGGCCCACUGGUCGUGCCCCGGGACAGCUCGGCUGUCGGCCCCAACGAUGCAGAGUUUGGACCCGACGAUGUGAGGGCAAUGAGCCCGCGGAGGACCAGUGAAGACAUUGAAGCACUUGGCAGAGAGGCCCGGGAAGAACUGAAGAGACACGCGAAGGCUCUCCAAGACUCUCUUUUGACCAUUUUCAACCGCAUCGAGGCUGUCAGGGAAGAACACGACAAGCUCGACAAUAACAACAAAUUCCUCCAAAAGUACAUUGGCGAUCUAAUGACGACGAGUAAAAUCACCGCCGCCCCAACUAAGGGCAAGAAAUGAACAAUAGGUCACAGACAAAGGCCUUGACAAAAGGACGAAAACACCAUCAAAUCAAAAUGGCCCGGCCGCGUCGACACGCACUCGACACUUGGCAGCUGCCUCGCGUCUCCAUGACCCCAAAACACGGUCAUCAUUCUACCCCGGCGCCGGGUUACGCGUUACCCUGACGCCUAUCUGGGCCAAUCCCUUUCUCUGGGACACGAUCCCGGGACACCUAUUACACAGCAUAAUCGGACACAGCCCGUGCAGGGCAUGAUACCCCCUUGUGGCCGAGCUGGCCUACAGCGUUAUACUUGACUCGUUUAUGGCUUACGGCACGGACACGGUAUUCGGAGUGGGAAAAAACUUGCAUCGGUUCGCGACUUGUAUACUAACGAUCAUCAUCAUCAUCAUCGUCAUCAUUUGGGGGUCUGACACCAUCAAAUGACAUAUUGGGCAUUGGAUAGCAUUGGGCGUUUCGGUUACUGGUAAGGGCUUCCGGCCUUGGGUCUCACGUUCGCAUAUUGUGUAUAUACCUCGCCAUAGGCGAGGAAAGGCAUCGACCUUGAAAUGAACCACAAAUAGUAUUGCAGUCACCUU